GACGAGGACUCUGACGACAACUUCAAGUAGUAGAGUAGACGUGUCUCGGUGUCAGUACCACUUGAACUGUUGUUAGAGUUGAAUUCCGAAGAAAAAAAUAUAUUCAAAAUUACAUAGCACGAGAACGUAUAAAACGUUUGAACAGUUUUUAUCGAUCGAAAAAGACGGACCACGUGAGCGAAAUACGUUCAUUCGCGCAAGGAGCAAAGAGAAUCGCGAUGGCGCCGAUUGCGAAUCAGAGCUAUAUGUUUGAUCUCUUGGUCAUUGGUGGAGGAUCGGGUGGCUUAGCAGCAGCUAAGGAAGCAGUGGGAUUAAAUGCAAAAGUGGGAGUUUUGGAUUAUGUAACCCCUUCUCCUUUAGGUACCACUUGGGGCUUAGGUGGUACUUGUGUCAAUGUAGGAUGUAUACCGAAAAAGUUGAUGCAUCAAGCUGCAUUGCUUGGUGAAGCUGUUCAUGAGGCGGCAACAUUUGGUUGGCAGCUACCUGAUCCUAAGACUGUGAAAAUUGACUGGGAAGCCUUGAGAACUGCUGUACAAAAUCAUGUCAAGUCUGUCAAUUGGGUCACUCGUGUCGAGCUUAGAACAAAGAAUGUCGAAUAUAUCAAUGCUCUCGGACAUUUCAAGGAUGCGCAUACGGUAGUUGGAAUCACUAAAAAGGGGGAGGAGAAGAUUCUUACAGCUAGAAACAUAAUAAUUGCAGUUGGUGGUAGACCUAGAUAUCCCGAUAUUCCAGGUGCUCUGGAGUACGGCAUAACUAGCGAUGAUAUCUUUAGUUUAGAACGUGCUCCAGGCAAAACUCUUGUUGUUGGAGCUGGAUAUAUUGGCUUAGAGUGCGCUGGUUUUCUUAAUGGCUUAGGCUAUGAUGCGACAAUAAUGGUCCGAUCAAUUGUGUUGCGAGGAUUUGAUCAGCAAAUGGCAAACCUCGUUGCUGAAGAGAUGGAACAUCGCGGCGUGCAUUUCAUCUAUCAGGCAAAGCCUAAAAAGAUCACGAAGCAAGAGGACGGCCGCCUUCUUGUCGAUUGGGUUGACAAGGAGGGCACAAUUCAUCAAGACGUAUAUGACACCGUUCUAUUUGCUAUUGGCCGACGAGCGCUUACAGAAGAGUUAAAACCGGAGAACGCCGGAUUGAAGCUUGUCCCAGAAACUAAUAAAAUUGAAGCAAUGAACGAGCAAACGAAUGUUAAGAACAUUUACGCAGUUGGUGACGUACUUCAUAAAAAGCCCGAACUGACACCCGUUGCUAUACACGCCGGCAAAUUAUUAGCAAGAAGACUGUUUGGUAAUUCUACCGAGCAAAUGGAUUACACAAAUGUAGCAACGACGGUGUUUAGUCCUUUGGAAUACGGAUGCGUCGGGCUGAGCGAAGAAAAAGCGAUCGAGCUUCACGGAGAGGAAAAUAUAGAGAUCUAUCACGCGUAUUACAAACCGACGGAAUUCUUUGUUCCCCAGAAGAAUGUCGAUCGUUGCUAUGUGAAGGUCGUCGCGCUCAGAACAGAGGAUGAGAGGGUGCUUGGCAUGCACUUUGUUGGACCCAACGCGGGCGAAGUAAUUCAAGGAUUUUCUGCUGCUAUUAAAUGUGGCUUAACAAUCUCGAAAUUAAAGUCCACCGUUGGAAUUCAUCCAACGGUAGCAGAAGAGUUUACCCGCAUAUUAAUUACCAAACGUUCAGGCCUGGAUCCUAAGCCGCAAAGCUGCUGCAGUUAGAUUCAUGUACAUAAUACAUAACGUCAUCAUUCAAGAUACAGAUUAUUCUAUUACUUAGAAGAUAAUAUUUACUUUUGUAACAAAUAUCAGCCGAUCUCUAAUCCAUUUUAGCUAAAAUAGCGUUUCACUUUGACACUUGCGCAGUACUAAAAUAUCGCGAUACCGCGUAAAAUAAGCAGCGAAUAAAAUAAAAUCUAGAAAUGAUCCAUUGUACACACUACAGUGAUCUUUUAUAUAUAUAUAUUUUUUUCAAGAAAUAAAGCGUCUUUUUUAUGGCGUAUAUAUCAGUGAUAAAAAAAUUAUAAUUAUUUUAAGCAUUGAAAUGAAAUAAAUAUAUU